GGCCCUGAGGAAGCUCCGCUGUCUCCCCAGAGCCGCUCUGAGCACGCUGUCGGCACAGACCCACCGGCAGGGAGGACGGCUCAAAGGCAUGCCAGCUCUCCCGUGAUGCCUGGCCACUGGCUCCAGCCGUGACCUGCAGGGACAGGCACAAGAUGUAGUUUGUGACCCUUCCUAGCAAGGCCAGCCUGGAGCUCUGCCCCUUGAGGAGAGACCUUCAGAGGAUGAAUGGGAUAAUCCAGCCAGCUCCUGCUGCUCUAUGGUGAGCUGGGACACCAAACUCACACUGCUUCACACCUGAAGCUGGACUUGGCCUGGUCUUAGAAGGAAAUGCUGUCUCUGCUCUGUGGCCACCCCUCAGCUCUCAACGUCUUCCAUUGAACAGUUGACUUUCCACUCUAGGAGGGAAGGAUCAAAUGGGUUGAGGACAACUGGCCCUUCUUGGCUUUGGCAAAGAGGAUUCUUUGGUGCUUUUUAAAGUGCCAGGACAUGAAACAGUAAAUCCCUUCUUCCUGCCCUCCUGCCUCCUGCAAGCAGCCCUGACUGAGGUCCAAGCCAGCCAGUUAAAGGGUUAACCAUAGCUGGAUGCCUGCAUGGCUGCCUUACUGAUCCCACGGAGGAGCAGAGGGAUGAGGACUCGCCUGGGCUGCCUGUCUCACAAAUCAGACUCAUAUAAUGAUUUCACAGCUAUUCUUCCGGACAAGCCCAACCGGGCUUUGAAAAGACUGUCAACAGAAGAAGCUACAAGAUGGGCAGACUCUUUUGAUGUCCUUUUGUCCCAUAAAUAUGGGCUGGCAGCUUUCCGUGCUUUCCUGAAGACCGAGUUCAGUGAGGAGAACCUGGAGUUCUGGCUGGCCUGCGAGGACUUCAAGAAGACGCGCUCGGCGGCCAAGCUGGCCUCCAAGGCCCAGCGCAUCUUCGAGGAGUUCAUCGACGUGCAGGCCCCUCGGGAGGUGAACAUAGACUUCCAGACACGGGAGCUGACCAGAAGAAAUGUGCAGGAGCCCUCCCUGUCUUGUUUUGACCAAGCCCAGGGGAAGGUGCACAGCCUGAUGGAGAAAGACUCGUACCCCAGGUUCCUGAGAUCCAAAAUUUACACAGACCUGCUCUCUCAGACCCAGAGGAGGCUCAGCUAGGACAGCCACGGGGCCCUCAGAAACCACGUGCUUCCCUCAACAGCCAAAACCCAUCUCUAAAUGUGAAAUGUGUUCAAAGCAGUGGGAGUGAGAAAAGAGGGACAAGGGGCAGAGGAAGCUUCCAGAGAGUGACUCUUUGACUAUCUGUGCUUUUUUUUUGUUAGCAGUAGUACCUUGCAGUUGUUCCCUCUGUCUAGCACAAACCCACAGCCCUCUCAGGGUCACCUGUGGGCAAGGCAGGUUCCCUUUGAAAUGGCUGUGUUGGUUUGUGUGUAAAUAACACCUUUCCAUCCUUCCACACAUCUCUCCCUGUCUCUCACCUCUCCCUUGUGUUCAGGAGGGCCCCAAGGGCAGUGCUGACACUUGUGAAGCCACAGCCAGCCCACCUCUCACCCUGCUGGGCUCUGGGACUGAGGGGAGGGAGACAAGAGACAAAGAAACAGGAUUCAAUCCCUUUUUUGAAGUGGGAACCAUCAGCAAACUCAGCUCACCUCCCCAUCUAUUUUGCACACCUUAUGGCUUGGCUGCCACUCUGUCGCUGCCCCUUUUCCUUCAGGGAUGGAGGCUCAGAGUAUUCCCAAGGAGCUGAGUUUUCCUCAUGAGGAAGGUAAUCCCAAAAGCUCUCACUAGGCCUGGGCAGGCAAGUCUUCUAAUGUGAAUGAUUGUUUUUUGUGGCUGUUAUUUAUUUGUGUGGUAGCUCAGUCUCAGCCAUCAUUCAGGCUCUGUUGUGCUGGGCACUGGACCAAAGCCCAGCACAAAGGGGCUCCUGGCUGCCACAGGCUUGGUGGCUCCUCAGGAAGGACCUGUUGGAACCCUCUGGGCCUUGCUGGGGUGUAGGAAAAGCACAAAGCCCGUCUGCCACAGCAGAUGGCAUUUUUCAUGGGGUACCUGGCAAUGUGAAAAAUCCCAUUUCCAUUUUUGUUAUUUCCCUUUUACUGACUGUUCCCACUCUCUGAGUGGGUUCAGUGUCCUGCAAAGAGCUCCCCAGCACACAGACCCUGAUGCAGGGUGCUUUUCCCCAGUGGGACACAAAGCAUGGAGUGAGCAGGAUGGGUGUUGGGGCGUGUAGGGGGGUGUGAGGGGCUCUUUGGCCCUGUUCCCAUAGCCUGGAUGGCCCCUGCAAGAGAAUUCUCUGUGCCCAUGCACCUCCUCUGGGCUGGGCAAUAAUUCCUCCCAUCUGAUGGCCCCAUUUCCAUGGCACUGCUGCUCCAGCUUGGCAGAUUCCUGCAAUAUUUUUGAGGGGAGAAGCAGACAGCCUGUCUGUGGAUUUGAGCCGGCAGACCAGAGGUCUCUUUUCUUAAUUUAAUGAAGGCCUGGAAAGUGACCCCAUGGAUCUUUUUCUUCUCUCAGACAUCCCCAGACCAGAGGCUGUAAACCUCUGCUCCAGCCAAGGCUAGUGGGUGGCUUUGAUACAUCAGAAAGCUGCUGAUAUAGAUUUUGUGUAAUGUGGUGUAAAUGAGGUACAAUGAAUUCUAAAGCCAAGCAAAAUGUUUUUGGAAGAAGAUAAAAAAUAUCUGUCUGGAUAUUAAAAAUUACUGUCCAUCAAUUAAGUAGGAAACAGCUUUUUGAGGAUUUUUGCAAUGAUGAUAUAUAGGAGAGUAGGACAAACAGGAUCAAGACAGAGGUGGUAACCAUGCUGGAUUUAUUUUGGCGGUGCAUUCCUGUGGCCUCCAAGACCCUGAAAUCGAAAUACAUUACAACUUUAUGUUCAGUAGGGAAAGCUGCUUUUCAGUGUCUGGCUGGACCGCAGGAGAAUCCUCCAGGUUUUUGGAAGGCAAAUCCCUUCUCCGGUUAAAUAUCUGUGAGGAAUUUCCAGAAAGAGCAGCAGUGACCCAGCAUUCCUGGCUGUCCCCUGUCCCUGCAGGGACACCUGAGGACGUGGGGCUGGCCUUGGUGACAGAGGUGACAUAUUAUUAUACAUAAUAAUAUAUAUAAUACAUAUAUUAUUAUAUAUAUAUAUAUUCUGCAGCCACACCAGGCUCAGUGACACAGCUCCUGGGGCUGUUGAGGCCCCUCAUGGGACACAAGAGACACAAAGCUCAGGGUCUGGACGUGGCACAGUUUGACACAAACUUUUUGCUGCUUGCUCAAAAGCGGGAGCAGUGAAGGACAUCUGGAAAAUGCUCCAGAUUUGCCAUGAUUUCUCCAAGGGAGCCAGAUCCUGCAGGAGCUCAGUGUCCCAAAGCUUUAUGGCAAACAAGGCAGAGUGAGACAGGUCUGGUGAACCUGAGCAAUGCAUGGAAGGAAUCAGAGGUGGAAGCAAAGGACACAGAGCCACACAUCAGUGCCUGUCCCUGGUGCUGCCUGGGCUGUAGGAAGGUGUCUGGGUUUGAAAAGCCAGGUGUCUGCUAAGGAAGGCAGGAGCCUCCCUUGAAAUGGAAAAUGUAAAGUCAAAACCUCCCCAAGGGGUUACACCUAGGAUAGACAACGGUCAUGAGUUUUUCAGACAAUUAUAAGUUUGUUCUUUUACAUAUCAGGAGUUAAUCCUCAAUUACAGCUUCAGGUAAUGAAGUUAUUUACCCCCAGUUCCCCCCCUCCAAUUCACUUUUCUUUAUCCUUUUUGGGGCCUGAGGCUGUAGGGUGUCUUUGGAUCACAGGCCCAGAGGGAUUGUUUGUCUGACCAAAACAUGGGGAGAGUUAACUCUUUCCAUAGAGUUUAGAGCUAUGCACUAAUACAGUGUAGGAUUUGAAAAACACAAAAGUUAAAAUCUUAUAAGGAGAUGUCGUUGCUGCAGUGGUGACAGGAGCUGGAAUCAGGCUGGCUGAUGUAGGAGAAGUGUUUUUCCCAGUAAAUUGUUCCCUCCACUGGGAACAGCAUCCUAGAACACAGAGUGGAGCAAAAGUAUUGUCUGAGGCACUUGAGCCUGCCACUUGUUAUUUUUGUUGCUGCUCUUGCAGUUUGUCUCUCUAGAAGGAAAGCAGACUAGUUAUUUAAAGUAAAAUUCUAUUUUUCUUAAACAAGAAAAUGGCACCAGCUGCUUCUUUUAUGACAAAUGCUGUUCUGAAUUGAAUCAAAAUAAGCAGCUUGUAGCUCUACCCCUUAAACCAGGGGCUGAUCAAGGAAAUCAUAACUGAGGCAAAGCUUUGGAAAGAGCUGAGUGGUGACUAAUUCCCACCAAGGGCAAAUAUCCUAUCCUUGAUUCAUCUCUUCCUGCUGUGAAAGGGAUACUCACAACCUACAAACCCAUUUCCCCUCUCCACAAGCACACACCUCCAAAAUGUUCCUCCUGUUUGGAGCAAUGUUAAAAUGUGUCAUCACAUGAAGAGAGGGGGAAAAAUUUGGUUCACUCAGUUCUUUUUAUUCUGUUUGUUGGCCCAUGCCCAGUCAGCUCCCAGGCAGAUUGAUGGCAGAAGGGAAAAAGAGUUUACAAAUUUCAUUUUCUAUGAGCUUCAGGUGGUGUUAACUGCAGGGUCAGAUGCAGAACUCGAAUCUGUCUGAAGUUUCUCCUGCUUUGGUCCAUCAGCCAGGCUUGGGAUGAUUUCCAUCACUUUUAGUGGACUCAUUAAUGCACCUUUAGUCCAUGCUGGGAGGGUGUGAAGGGCAAAGGGGAGGGGGAAAUUGCUGUGUGUGUCUGGGGGUGUGGGUGGUGAGAGUGCAUGUGACUUCAUCUGUAUCUUAUUUAGUGUCCUCUACUACAGAAGCUUUUCUGAGACAUAGAUGUGCAUGUUAAAAUAGGAGAAUUAGGCACAAAUGACAUAAACUGAGACCUUUAGCCAGUGUUGUGUUUGCCUCGUGUGUAAGUCCAAGUAGUAGUAGGAGAUGUAAACUCUGCUAGGUUCCCAGUUACCCCUAAGAGCACAUGUAUCAAACUGAACUGAAUGUUCACUGAUGAUAGACACAAAACCAAAAUGUUUACAGCAUUCAGAGCAAUAGCAAAGCAUACCUCAUGCCAGUCCUGGAGUGCCUCUCACCUGUCAGUGCAAGCUCUCCCCUCCCUGGGGGCCUCUGGCUUCUUCUCCCUCCAAACUCCUCUCUCCUUCUCUCUCCUGUCCUGGUUGUCUUCCCUCCUCCUCCUCCUCCUCCUCCAAGCACUCCAAACCUUCCUGUCCACCAGCACUGUUUGUCCUCAUCUGUCUGAGCCUGGGACUACCCUAACCUCCCUCUGCUUGCCUCUCCUCCAUGCCCAUCCCUCCCUCCCUCUCUUCUUUGCCUUUCCCUUCCCCAGGCACUCAUCUCUGGUCAUGCCAUCUCCCUCCUACAUGCCUCCUACUGCCACUGUAAAGCUCCUAGGAGCUCUUCCCUGCCCAUUAUAUAAGAACAAAAUGUUUCACAUCAUUUUCUGCAUUAUCUUCCAUCCCUGGGGCUGCUGCAGUUGUCUCCUUCCUUGGUGCUGUGCUCUCUCUGGCAUCGUAGCAUUAUAUCCCAGAACUGGAAUUAAAGUUCAUUUUGCUGCUAGACCAGAAUGCUUCUGUCUACCACGCACCCCUUGGGCUUUGCAGAGACUCAUCUUGUCCCCAAGUCUUUUGUCUUCCUUCUUUUUCUCCUCCUUCCAUGCAGGCUGCACGUGCAGUGCUUGUGGCAGGGGCUGGCUGGGGUGGAGGGUGUCCGUACUGGGGUCAAUCGCAGCUGGGCACCCCCGUGGCUCUCUGGUUUAUAAAAGUAGUCUCAAUAAAGGUGUGUGGGUUGUAUUUGCUCAGCAAACUCAGUCACUGUGCUCUGUGCCUCCUGCAGGAGGAUGUGUGUCUAAUCUGAGGCUGACGUGAACUCAGCGCGAGUUCAGUGAGCCGAGGCUGUGGGAGGGAGGUGGCACAGGGGGCCGAGAUUGUUACCAAAAACAUCCAACACUCCUGGCAAAAAGGCACAGGAGAAAAGGCAGUGCCUGCUUCUGGAGACACCAGGGAGCUCUGGGGACCAGCUGUGCUGUGAAUUGUUUGUCUGAAGCAGCCCCACAGCUCCCGGUUUGCCUCACGUGCUGCAUGCCCCAGGCUGGCUCUAAAGCAUGAUGGAUGAGGAGCUGCUCAGCUUUGCAUUUCCAGUGUGGGUAACAGCUUUAUCCUGAGAGAAAUGUCUUCAUAUUGCUCUAUCAGUGCCUGCAGCCACCAGCUGAAAAGCAGGGAGGGGAAGGAGGCACCUUCUGCUGUGUUUACUCCUGCAGACCUCUGUAGGAACUCCUGGCAAUGAAGAGAGCAGGGUAUGAGCACACCCUGGGGUAGAUCCCCCUUCCUUAGGAGCCACCACUGAAGAUGUCAUCUCCUUAUAACCUCUCCCCCAACUCCUCUGUGAGUUGCCCAAAUCAGAGCUCAGAUUUGUCCUUAAGCUCCUUGGCACCUCCACCUUGGUGGGACAGCAGUGUCCCCUUGAGGACCUGACUACAAUCUCCACGCCCAGCAAGGCUGCUUAAAAUAACAAAGAUACCUGGUUCCUCUGCAAAUCAGCUUGUGGGUGGCUCAGAAGAGAGUGAGGAUGGCUCUGCUGCACUCAGUGAACUCAGAAGUGAGCCACCAGGCAGAAAGAACAGCUCAAAAGUGCUUCCCUGGGCAAUGCUUUUAUUUUCAGGAGAUCCUGCUGCUGCAGCUGCCACCCCUGCAGUGCUGCUGGUGUUGGGGCAGGCCAGGCAGGCUGUUCAGUCUGACCCCUUCCUGCUCAAGGAGAGGCAUGGGCUCAGCUCCCCGGGUCCCCCUGCAUUAGCUGCUUGUUUGCUAGGCUCCCCUUGCUCCCUGGGAGGCUGGAGAAGCUCCUCAGCCACGCCACAAAUCCCCGCCAAGCCGUGUCACCACACUGUGCAGUGUUACACCCCUGCUGUAUAGACACCCUGAGGAUGUAAUAAACAGCCUGAGACUA